CUUGCGUCUGAGGGGGGGAAAAUGGCUGCUCCGGUGGCUCCAGCAGGUCUUCCUCCGGGUUUAUGUCCGAGCUUUGCCGUCGUGUGCUCGUUUUUAGAGCGAUACGGUGCUGCUCUGGAUCUGCCCGAAAUGACUUUCCCGCAGAUGGAGGGAUACUUGCAGGAUACAUCAUCAGUUUCACAGCCUCUUGUCGAGCUCCACGUGAAGUUGCUCCGCAAACUUGGCAAGUCUGUGACGUCAGACAGAUGGGAGAAGUAUCUUGUUAAGGUGUGUCAGGAGUUCAACAGUACCUGGGCCUGGGAGCUGGAGAGGAAAGGAUACCCAGAAAUGUCCAUGGAGUGCAAGGCUGACAUUCUUAAGUAUUUGUGUGAAAGCCAGUUUGAUGACAACCUCAAGUUCAAAACGGCAGUGAACGAGGAAGACCCCGAGCGGAUGCGCAUGCAGCCAAUCGGCCGAGAUAAGGAAGGUCUCCUCUACUGGUUUCAACUGGAUCAAGACCAGAACGUGCGGCUUUAUGUGGAGGAGCAGGAUGAUCUAGAUGGGUCGUCUUGGAGAUGCGUUGUCAGGAAUAGGAACGAGUUAGCAGAUGUUUUGGAUCUGCUUAAAGCUAAAAUAGAACCAGCAAUGACAGAUGAAGAGCGACUCGGUGGUGCUUCUGGCGGCCCAGGAGAUGAGAAAAGCUGUGGAGUUGAAGUUAAAGUCACGAACAAGACCGCAAAGGUGGAGCGCGUGUCGGAUGAAGAAAGCAAGCCGAUUACAUUAAGUAGUGGGAUUGUAAAUUCUGACAAAACUCUCAAAGAAGAAAGUCAGACAGUGUGUGAAAUGAAAAGAAAAGGAUCUUGCGGACCACUUAAGCUGGAACCAGAGCGAAAGGAAGAGCAUGAGCUGAAAGCAGUUGGCACCGAAACACCUAAACUGGAUCAGACUCCUGUUAUAGACAACAGAGUGAGCACAAUUAAAAGCCUCAUCAAGGACGAGCCGAGGGACUCGCCUCGACACUGGAACGCCAUCUCUGUCGUCAUGGCGCCUGGGUCUAUCAAACAGGAACUUCCAGCAAAGACAGAAGUUUGCUUUAAGGACAAGAAAGAGAGAACGGUGGAAGAUUUCGAAAGAGCUAUGAAAAGCGACCAGCAGGCUAAGAUACCGCUGAAAAAGAGGGAGCUGAAAAGAAGCGACGGCUACGACAACAGUCAUUACAGCCACACGAACAAUAAUAACAACAGCAACGGGAGCGGAUCUGUCGGCGGCAUUAUUGUUCGCAACCCGGCAGCGAUGGAGCAGACUGGAGAAAAGAAAACGGCACCACUGGCGACCCUUAACUCCCAGGUACAAAGCAGCGAGGGUGUCAGUGAUGGGGUCAUAUCUCCAAAUAAAAGAGAGCAGUACGUAGGGUUCGGUGUGAUCAUGGGCCCGGUUGAGCGAAAGCAAACAUUUCCUGUGCCUGAUAUCUCAGGAAAUACAACGAAGGAUAGAAACGGACUGCAUGAAGAUCGUGACGGGAAGAGCUUCAAGACCGAACUGACGCACGCUGAGAACAUAAGGCAGUCGGUACUAGUUAGAAAGCCGAGUGUCUCCCAGGCCACUCAUCAUUCGAGCAUGAGCGAAGAGAUGACGCUAAGAGUCGAGCAUGCGGAAAGUGACGCCAAAGUCAAGUCUCUGGGAUCAGAUGCUAAGGAGAGAGCUGCGUUAUUGUUAGCUUUACCAGCAGAUGGCGAUAACGAGUAUAGCGACGGGAAGUCGGGUAUUAGUUCCAGCACUGAGCAGGAAACUGUAGUAAAGCUGGAAGAUCCAGGUAAUGCUGAAAGCAGAAGGGCUAAAUCGACAACGCUUUCUGAUAAAGGAACAGGUGAUAGGACAGACCUGAUUCGUCUUAAAGCUGUCGAAGGAAGAGACAACAAAGGAUUUAAAAUCUCCAGAAAAAAGCGUUCCGAUAAAUCCAAGAUCAGGUCUCAAAGCGGGUCGGAUCGGAGCAAACCCAACGAGGAGGAAGUGUCCUCCGAGCUUCAGAAGGAAGGAAUCCGUCUCAAGAUCAAGAUCCCGCUGCACAGACGCACUCCCGAGCUCCGCAGGUCUGCCAGAAUCUGCAAGCCCAGUCCCAAGCUGGCAGAGAUUCAGAAGCGGAAACACGCAGCGCCCUCUGCAGCACGGGAAGCGGAAGAGCAUGUGGAUCAGGAUGAGGAGAGAACGCUCCACAAGAGGGACCUGCACAAAAAAAUCUUCUCGGAUGGACAAAUCAAAUCUGCCAAGGGGAAACGACGACACAGACGGGCUCGCUGGUCAAAACCAACAAAGAUUCGCAGAACCGAAGUCGUUCUCGGAGGAGACGCGGUGUGCGAGAGCAAAUCCGAGAGAGAUGACGAGAAGAGCGAGUUGGAUUCUCAGCACUCGGAGGAAGCUCCACCUGAAGAUGCAUGUAAACACUGCGGCCUCCCUAACCACCCUGAACUGAUUCUUCUCUGUGACCAGUGCGACAGUGGCUACCACACAGCCUGCCUGCGACCUCCUCUGAUGAUCAUUCCUGACGGAGAGUGGUUUUGCCCUCCGUGUCAGCACAAGCUGCUGUGUGAGAGGCUGGAAGAACAGCUGCUGAACCUGGACACUGCUCUGAAGAAACGGGAAAGAGCCGAGAGGAGGCGUGAGCGCCUGGUCUAUGUAGGAAUCAGCGUGGAGAACAUCAUUCCCAAUCCGGACGGUGAUGCAGAGGAUGGAAAACAGGAGAAGAAAAAAGGUGCAAAGAAGUGUAAGAACUUGGAGAGGAGAUCAACACGAAAAAGAAAGUCCAUCAGUUACAGGUUUGACGACUUUGACGAAGCGAUCGACGAAGCGAUAGAGGAAGACGUACAGAAUUCAGAUGAAGGAGAUGUGAAUCUGGAAAAGGACAUGGCUGCUAUCGCAGAGCAAGACGAGAAAGAGGAAGCCAAAGAGAUCCGACAGCCUGUGAAAACCGCUGCUCCGCGGAAAAGGAAGCGUCGCCGGAGACUUAACGAUUUAGACAGCGAAAGCACGCUGGAUGAGGAGGAGAGCGAGGACGAGUUUCAGAUCAGUGACAGUAUGGAGGAGGAGGAUUUUGUAGUGUCCGGGGACGAUGGAGCGAGCGAUGCUGACGCUGCGUCCUGGGAUGGGAGCGAGAGAGGCAGUGUCUCCAGCAGUGUAGACCGUCUGCCUCCAACCAGGAGAACAGCCAAGAACGGCCGCGCCCAGAGAAGCAAGAAGAGGACGCGCAGAUCAGCUCGACGCCACCGAGGCUCUUCAGAGGAAGAAGAAGAAGAGGAGGAGGAAGAGAUAGAAACAGAGGGCUCCAGUGAGGUCAGUGACAGCGAUGUUAAUCUGAGCAGAAGGCGGUCACGACGCAGUCAGAAAGCCCAGAUCAACUAUUGCGAGACAUCCGAGUCUGAAGGGUCGCAGAAAACCUCAGAACGGAAAGCUAACCAAGCAACGCGGCGCCGCCGGAUCUCCAGCUCUAACACAUCUGUGAUUUCUAAGGAUUCUGAGCCCGAGGAGGAGUCUUCCUUGAAGAUCAGACACCGAGGUAGGAAGAGACAGUCUACAAGGGAAGACUCAAAACAGAGGCACAAACAGCUCAAACUAAAACCAGCAAGAAGUACAAGCGAGGAAGAGGAGGAAUCGGAAGACGAAGGUGCAUCCGAUGAGGAAAAAAGGCCACUCCGUAAAAGCCUGAACCGAAUCGAAUCAGACGACGAUGAAGAGGAUGGGGUAGAGAAAAGACCAGUGAGGAAGACGGCUGGAAAGCAGGCCAGCGGAGUUACAGACUGCAGGGAGCUGAGUGUGAAGGCACACACUAGAGGCUCGAAGGACUCGAUGCUGAAGCACAACGGCCUGCUUCCUCCGAGAUCUUCAGCUCAGGAUGAAGAUGAGGAGGAGGAGGAAGAGGAGGACGAGGAAGAUGACCUCACCGCUGAUACAGACUUUGUUAACUUUGUUUUUGACAGCGAACAGUUAUCGUGAUGUGCUGAAGAAAAUUCCUAUAUUAUUUUCUCAUUGCCUUUUUUUGUUUUUGAGUGUUUUUGAGUGUACUGGACCAAUUCAAGCUUCCAGAGGAAUUUUUACGUGAUGUCGGAACACAUUUUAGUUACUCACGUCACACACGUGUCAGCUCUAGAGCAGGGUCUUGGUGCACAUCCUGAUUUUUAUGAGUGAAAGGUUUUAAAGUUUGAAGUUACAUUUGAUCAACCAGUCGCAAACUUGAUCAUAUGACAUGCAUGGCCACACUAGUUCCUCUAAGGUUAGCUAGCUUGUUGGUGGACCUGGCUAAUGAUUAUAAUCACCAAGAGAAUGAAACAUCUGGGGGAUUUCCAGAGCUGGAAAUGUAUGAAACUAAAUCGAUGUAUAAAUAUAUAUUCUAAAUGAAUAUAGACUCAAGACACUAAAGUUCCCUUUUUUAAGAAGAUUUAAAAACUUAAAUUCCACUAAUUCUCCAACCAGAUCAGAUUAUACCAGAGCUGAUGUGAUCUGGUUUUGAUUUUAUUUCUGAUGAACGGGUGAGGACUAGUGGUAGUAUAGUGGUCUUCCAUGUCUAGCCGGUCCACUAGUGAUAGUAAUUUUGGCUCAUUUAGCUCAGCUCAACAAUAUGACUUAAAUCUUUCAUUUCCUAGACAUUUUGCAUAAUUAUUACAACACAACUAAUAAAUCUGAUAAUCAAUAGUCAAUCUAAAGAUAGCUAAAAAUGAGUAGUUUGCUUUUGUGUAACAAUGUGGUAAAGGAUUGUGUUAUGUAAUGAAGAAUAAAAACAUGUUGGUUAAUACUGUUCUAGGGAAGUAAUCAACAACAGGGUUUGUGUGAUGCGGCUGGGUAGGAAAGCAGAGUUAUCACUCUUACUGCCUAAAAGUCGACCUGUUGUAUCCGUCUUGUACCACAGCGGUCUGUCACUUUUCGUUUUAAAAAGUUAUAUUAUGUUAUGGAUUGUCCAGGGAACAAGUUAGUUCCUGUUAUCGCUUACAUUAUGGCAGCUAUACGGAGUCGCUCCCUCACCUGCAUCUUUUACCUUUGUCUGAAAAUACUGUUUGAAACAAUGUUACAGAAAAAAAAAAAAAAUCAAUGCACUGAAGACUGUCCCGUGGUAGAACACUUAGACUGUUACAAAGCUUAAGCGUUGCUGUUGUGAAGCCACGUGAAUGAGCUUUUACCCUAGAAAGAGUACCAUAUUAGAGUAAGCACAUUAACAUAAACCUGAGGUUUAAAUUACAGCCAGCGUUACUGCUCGACCAUGUGAAUUAACAUCUUUUAACCAAUCAGAAUUGGGAAUGUCAUGGUGCUGUCGUACAACCCGACAUUCAUCGCCAAAUGCAGGAAAUGGCUCUCAAGCUUGGUACUAGCUACUUUAACUAUAAACAUAGGUGUACUGUAAAGAUGUUAACUACUUAAGUUGUCUUAACACCACAUCUUGACACCGCAGCUUUGAUAAAUCCUUUCCUAAACAUGACGUCGACGUGAACGCUUCAGUCUGGUUUAUAAGGACUGUGCAGGUUUACCUAAAAUAAGUUAGUUUGCUAGGAUCUUGGCAACUACCCAAUAACAAAUGUCAGACUAUUGCUGACUUGUUAACUAGCUAAUGCUUUAUUUUGAUAUCUGGUGAGUUUAGUUCAAACUAAAUCUGUAUACUUAUGGUGUGUAAAUAAAUUGUUGUUUUUUUAAAAGCACUACAUUUAAGCCAAAUAAAUCUAUCUGAAGAAAAAAGUUUAAAGGAGAUGUUUUAUGAUCAAGUUUGCCCUGAUCGUCCGAUCAAAUUGGUCCUUAUCGACUCAGGGAAAAUCAGGAUGUGUGUGUGUGUCUCAGCAAUCCACGUACACUAUAGAAAGUAAAGCACUGUCAUUUGUAAGGCCAGUAACGCGUCCUCUGUCUAACACGAGCUUAGAGCAGCCUGUAGAGACACUGUACAUUAAUUGUAUUUUUUUUUCUGCCUGUAAUCUAGCACCUUUUAAAUCCGUGGUUUAGUAAAGUUUUCAGUUUUAUCCUCUGUUUAAAAAAAAGAAAAAAAAGAAAAAAAAAGGUUUUUAUAUAUGACGAGAAGGAGAUUCUGCGGGAAUCUGUUCGGAACAGUUUUGCUAAUCUUGAAUAACAAUCCUCGAUGCCAGCCUGUGUUUAAUACGUUAAUACAUUUGUUCAAGGAUCGUAACCUGACCGUAUUGGUGUAUUGAGGUGUUUUGCCUUCAGAA